GCACGGCUAACACACGGGGGAGUCACUGCCGCGAUCGUAUCGCUUUCAUUGGCAAGACCGUCCCCUGCACAUGUCGCUCUCUUCAGGCUGAAGAACAAUACGCUGAAAGGGAUGCUGCUUUCAGCGUGGAGGAAUGUUCUCUAUGUAUGGGGUAAUUAGCCUAUGGACGGCCCGCAGUUGACCACGGGUCGGUAUGCGUGGGAUGCUCCUACAGAAGCCACAAUUGUAAGACUACAUGGGCGAAAGACGUCGGACCCGGAUGUCGGCGAUCUAGAUUAUGGUGUCAAGGCGCGCUCCCAUGGUGUGCUCGGCGUAGAUAGCUGGCUUUCGGCGCACUCACCGCAAGAUUUGCUAGGAACGGCCGAGUGUUUGCAUCUAUGGUCAGGGUAGGGUGAUGAUGAAACUCAUUACGCCUCCAGGAGACAGCAGGCUGAAUCUUACUCGGCUGUUAUGAACGUGGGCUGUAGCAAUACGGAGUAAGCUCGCCUCGAUGCACUACCUAGGCGUUGUGUCACCGCUGUCCGCGCGCUCUCCAUCGAUCAUUUGACAUUUCGUGGGGAGUGGGCAGGGGGUUGGUUAGAAUUGAACUGCCGCAGAAGCAACGUGAACGUCUUGAGUGGUCUUGAGCUGCGUCUGCCGAAC